AACGCGUGACGGACCUCACUGAGAUUGUGUUCUGAAAAUUAUCUUUGUAUUGACAACAUAUUAUUUAACAGACGUUUAAAAUUCUUCUUUGAGCCGAAAUUCCACCCCUUAAAAGUAAAAUUCGCAUACUACCAAACCCCCGACCACACACAGCGACUUCAAACCAAGUAAGGUGCCUACCUAGAAAGCAUAGGUGCGUAGCGUUCAAUAGGCGAAACGCGCAUCUUACAGGCGCCAGUGAUGAACAAAAAUUACUGUUGAUAUCAUUGGCAUUGCCUGUGUUUAACCUCUUUUCUAAGUAGUUUAUUGACAAAAGCGGUUGCUAAAUAAUUAUGAAUAUAAAACCAAAACUGUGAUGCUCAAAAAUGCUCUAAGCGACUAUGCCAGAUGCUAGACUCCGGACCACCCAUUGGGUGCGUCUGUAAACCAAUGAGUUGCUGCUAAAACAGCAUUUUAUGGCAUCAUUGCCGCGCGCAACCGACUCGAUGCCACACAAUGCCGCGCGCUCAUAUGAAGCCCAAAAAUGUUGCACGCGACUACGGUACCCCAAAACGCCACCCGCAUAUGAUGCACCAAAAUGCUGUCUAGGUAGGCGUCUUACUAGGUUUUGAAACAGAGCCUCGUUCUCGAAUGCAGUUUGAGUCUGGAAUUGUGUGUGUGUGUGUGUGUGUGUUUGUGUGUGAGGGGGGCACAGUCGGGUUUCUCACCUUGGCUCGCUCUCCGUCACCCCUCCUCUCUCUCUCUCUCUCUCUCUCUCUCUCAGUGCGCGUGUGUGUCAGUGUGUGUCUGUCUCAUGAACGGAACUGACCGCUGCUGUAUCUGUGAGUUUCAUUCACCGACAGACAACAGGACUAAAUCACAAUCAAUCUGGAUUUAUUUUCCUCACAUCCGCGCUUGAAUAAGGUUUAGCGGUUCAGACGGGAUUCAGACAUUCAGAGCGCACCAAACUCUGUUUCGUUCCCGGUCUGUGAGAGAUGCCAAGGAAAGCAACUCUUCACGAGUCUUCUUAGCGUGCAGAUCUCAUCAGAUUCCCUCCUGGCAGAUCAUAUGCGUGUCGACCUGCGGAUCGAAGCAUCAGGAGAGUUUGAGAGUAUCGAGUUUUAUCCGUUCGGUGUCUGUCUGGAACAUGGCACAUAGGAUGCGGAGCGGACUGUGACCGCUGAUUCCUCCAGCAGUAGAGACACACACUGCCGAGAGUUGGUUCUGGGAAAGUCGUCUAUCCACUGGACGUUUUCUGGCCAGGUCGCCUUUCCAAGAUAUCACACAUACUCCAGUCUGAAGAGACGCUACAGCCAUAUUUGUUUAUUUGACUUCCCCCUCUCUCUACCCAUCCAUCUGGAUACGUUCCUUCCCUUCCCCGUCCCACAUUCAUCAUUCCCUCCCGUGACAUCAUGCAGAGUUUUCGGAACUUGCUUUCUCUGCUUACUUUGUUCCAUACGCUUCCCUGGGCCUCCAGUCACAGUCCGAAUCCGUUCGCUGGGCCUCAAGUGACACCGACAGACCCCUGCUAUGACGAGACGGGCGCCGCCCGCCGAUGUAUCCCAGAGUUCAUCAAUGCAGCGUUCGGCCAGGAGGUCAGCGUAUCGAGCGUAUGUGGCCGGCCGGCGUCUCGCUCCUGCAGUUUAGUGGAACGUGACGACCGUCCCGCUGUGCGCACGUGCCAGGUUUGCGACGCAUCAGACCCUCGCCACGCUCACCCUGCAUCCUACCUCACUGACCUAAACUCCGCCCACAACCUCACCUGCUGGCAGUCGGAGAACCUGCAGGGCUCGCCGCUCAACGUGACGCUCACGCUCUCGCUCGGGAAGAAGUUCGAGAUCACGUACGUCAGCCUGCAGUUCUGUUCCCCGCGGCCCGAAUCGCUGGCCAUCUAUAAGAGCAUGGAUUAUGGCCGCACUUGGACACCUUACCAGUUCUAUUCGUCGCAGUGCCGUCGCAUGUACAACCGACCCAACAAAGCGGCCAUCACCAAGCAGAACGAGCAGGAAGCUUUAUGCACGGAUGGACACACCGAUCUCUACCCGCUUUCUGGGGGCCUUAUCGCGUUUAGCACAUUAGACGGACGCCCUUCGGGCAAGGACUUCGACUCAAGCCCUGUUCUGCAGGACUGGGUGACGGUCACUGACAUUCGAGUGGUCUUCAGUCGUCCACAGCACACUAGAGCGCUGCCUAUGUCGGGACGUGAGAGCGAAGACCCGCUCGGGCCGCCAGGAACGCUGCCUGCUUAUUUCUAUGCGGUUGGUGACUUCCAAGUGGGUGGGAGGUGUAAAUGCAACGGCCACGCCUCCAGGUGUGUGCGAGAGAAGGACGGGAAACUAGUGUGUGAAUGCAAACACAACACUGAGGGUCCGGAGUGUGACCGCUGCAAACCGUUUCACUACGACCGGCCCUGGCAACGCGCGACAGCGAAAGAAGCCAACGAGUGCUUGCCGUGCAAUUGUAACCUGCACGCGCGGCGCUGUCGCUUUAACAUGGAGUUGUAUAAGCUGUCGGGCCGUAAGAGCGGAGGAGUGUGUAUGAACUGCAGACACAACACCGCUGGACGCCACUGCCAUUACUGCAAAGAGGGAUUCUACAGAGACAUGGGCAAACCCAUCACACACCGCAGAGCCUGCAAAGCAUGUGACUGCCAUCCGGUGGGAGCUGCAGGUAAAACGUGUAACCAGACGACGGGUCAGUGCCCGUGUAAAGACGGGGUGACUGGCAUCACAUGCAACCGCUGUGCUAAAGGUUAUCAGCAGAGCCGAUCGCCCGUCGCCCCGUGCAUUAAAAUCCCUGUUAUAAAGCCGACGGCUGUGAUCAGCACUACAGAGGAGCCUGCAGAUUGUGACUCGUACUGUAAACCACUGAAGGGAAAUCUCAAGAUAAACAUGAAGAAAUACUGCAAAAAGGACUACGCUGUCCAGGUCAGUGUGUUGGACAUGGAGACGGUCGGUGACUGGGCCAAAUUUGCCGUCAGCCUGGUGUCUGUGUACAAGAGCCGCGGAGAGCCGCUGAAGAGAGGCGAUCACGUGCUGUGGGUCCAUAUGAAGGAUCUGGCCUGCAAAUGUCCGCGGAUACACAUGGGCAAACGCUUCCUCAUCCUGGGCACGAGCGAGGGCACCACAAGCCCCGAACGCCCAGGACUGCUGGCCGACAAAAACAGCCUGGUCAUUCAGUGGAGGGACAUUUGGACUCGACGACUGCGCAAGUUCCAGCGCAAAGAGAAGAAAGGCAAGUGCAGCAAAGCAUGAUGGGAUGGCAGGGAACUCUUUAUUAUUGACCACUGUCCAGCGUACGCGGGAGACUGGGAGAGCGAACUCUGCGUAUCGUCGUUUCCAGUGCGUUAUUUGAUGUCGUCCUGUUGGUCAGCCUUCUAAAGGGACCGUUAAAAAGACUGUUUCUAAUCACACACCACUGAAUCUCUCUCACACACACACACACACACACACGCUGCAGUUUGACUGAGCUGCACACGGAUUGAUUCCAUUUCCUCUCCAAGCCACAAUUUAAUCAAUCAAAUAUGAAAUACGUCCUCAAAUUACAAAUCAGGGGAACGAUUCUGUCCGCAUCUGGUUCGGUUCUUCUCGUCUUUGUGGCCUUCAUCAGAUGGUCACACUGGUGUUCACCACAUGCUGCUCGCUUCAGUUCUGAAAACCUCAAAAUCUUCAUCAUCAUCAUCAUCGUCGGCCUGGAUCAUUUCACUUUUGAAGAGCUUGUUUAGCGCGCUCGUAUCUGUGGGUUGUGUGUCGUACGUGUGGAUGUGUGUACUUGAUUCUGAAGGAUCUAUUGCAGAACAGAGCCAUGUCCAUUAGCAGAUAGAAACAUACUCGGCGCAAGUAUGCAAAUGCACGAAUGCUUGGCAAACAUGGUUUCAUUGUGCAUUUUUAACAUGCUUUUUUGAGUUACUGUGGCAGGAACAAAUGUCUGUCAUUAAAGGGAUAGUUCACCCAAAAUUCAACCAAAAUGAAUAUUUUGUCAUCAUUUUACUCGCUCUCAUGUUGUUCCAAACCCAUAGUAUGUUAUUCUAUUCUGUGGAACGCAAGAGGAAAAUUUCCCUCUUUUCCAUAUAAAAACAGGCUGUUAAGCUCCACAAGAUGACAAAAAAGCACUGUCAAACUAAUCCAUUUAGAGACUGAAUUAAAUACAAGCACAACUGAGAGAAUUUGAGAAGAUUAUUAGUUAAUAAUGACUUUUUAAAAGCUUCAUAUGGCUUCAGAAUACUUGUAUUAUAGAGCAUUAGUUGUAUGGACAACUUUAGUGUUUUUUUGUUUUUGUUUUUUUCUUGACAGCCAACAUGAGGUGAUCAAAUUUUGGCAUCCUUUUUAAAGGGAUAGUUCACCCAAGAAUCAAAAAUCCUUGAGUCUUUCCAGACCUGUAUACAUAUAUUUCUUCUGUGGUCCGCAAACAAAUACAUUCUGAAGAGUGUUGGUAACCAAACGGUUGUGGUUCCCAUUGAUUUCCAUUGGAUGGACAAACAUUGCAAUGGAAGUCAAUGGGAACCGAAAUGGAUUGGCUACCGACUGUUACCAGCAUUCUUCAAAAUAUCUUCUUUCAUCUCCCACAGAAGAAAGUAAGUCAUACAGGUAUAUUGAGGGAUGAUUCAGUGAUGACAGAAUUUUCAUUUCUGGGUGAACUACAACCUAAAUAAAAAAAUAAAAAUAUCAACAGUUUAACUAACAUUGUCUAGCUUAAGAUUGAAUACACUACACAAUAUGUGUUCAGAUUCGCCUCAAAAUAUCUUCUCUGACAGGAUGGAUUCAUAAUCUGAAGCUAAACAUUUGGAUGCCAAAAGCCUCUGAUUUUCUAUUAUCGACUAUUAUCAGCUCAUUCAGACUAAAUUGGAGCAAAAAUCUUGGCAAAGUGUGUGUUUACUUAACUGUUUAUGCUAAAGCAUCACAGCUCCCCUUGUGGCAGUGAUGAGAAUAGCUUGAUGAAUUGCAUUCUGCUGCAUUACUGAAUCUAAUGACAUGUGAAAUUGAGAGUGUUUGCAUGCUGGUGUAGAGCACGUUUCAGGGCUAAUGCUCUAUCCUAAUGUUUUUCUCUCCUCUACUACUGAAUGUCUCGGUUUUUAUCUGCCGUCUGACCGUUUUAAAAGACAAGACAAAGACGAGAAUAAUGACGUGUAUUCUUCUUACUGUGAGUACACACAUAUACACUUGCUUUUUUCAUUUUAAUUACAAAUGCAUUAGUUUGCAUUGAACAUUUUCAGACUUAAUGAUAUUUGGUGUGUCUCUGUGCAGCAGCUGACUUGAACAACCGAGAGCAUGUUCUCCAGCAUGAUUUGACUGAUAAUGGCCACAUUUAUCAGUCUAUCACUACUUAGAAUAGUGCCAAAUUUGAAAUAUCUCUUCUACAUUUUGCAUCGCAACAUGGCUUUUCAUGGGUUUUUCACAAACCUAAAACUCCUUUGUUUUUUUCUAGCAUUAAAUAAAAAUGCCAGAUUUGAAUCUUUUAAACUUUCGGACCUCAAUGUAUCUGCAUUGUAUGAUGUACAGUACGAUAUUGUCUCUUGUGUCAGUAAUAUUACAGAGAAAUGAAGGAGUAACUAGAGAUAAAUUCAUACUCUGAUCACAUUGAGAUGAAUGUCAGUACAAUAAGUUUGCUUUACUCUGUCUUUGCUGCAUUAAGAAGUAAACAGCCCUUUUCAUUGGUAAAAAAUCACCGCCUGGUUCCACCCAACAAAUAAGUCUCAUUUUCUGAGAGAGAGAUGAAUGAAUAAAUGAAUGUUUAUUGUCAGCAUAACAGGAUUUUUUAUUGUUUAAGUAUUUUAUGUUGAUAGUCUCUGUGUGUUAAUGCAAUAACUACUCGUUUUAUGCCAAUGUUAAACUAACAGGAGAGUUAACUGAAGUAGUGUUAAAAUGUUCAUACUUUUUACAAGCGUCCAUAGAUUCACUAUAGUAAACUCUUACACACACCAUGAUGCACACCGACCUCAGAAUGUGCCCAGUGACGGGACAAAUAAAUCAGUAUAUACACAUUUUAGGUACUUUUUUCAAUUCCACACAAUAAAAGUACUUUUCAAAUACUUGGAGUAGGGAUGUGAACGGAAUGGAAUACUAUUAGCAAACUAUAAUAUUAUGCAUCAUCUAUACUAAAGACUGUUUCACACACUUCAUUCAAAAAUCAGCAGUAAGAAUGCAGUGUGAUAAUAUUACAUUCCGAACACUGCCAAGUGCUCUGUGUGUAACACUGUAUCCCACAAUGCAACGCAGUCAACUCGACCUUCCAUCUGCAGUGACAAAUGCACAGGAAUUAAUACAACAGACAUUCUGCACAAAAUUGGGUUAAAAAUGCAAAAAAACCGAGAUGACAACAGGACACCCUUCCCAUAAUGAGGUCAUGUAAGAAUGUAGCGCCCUACUAAAUGCUUAUGGUUGCAUACUGUUUUUGACAGAAUGCUGUAUAUGUGGGUUUUUUAUCCAAAGUGACAAAUAAGAAAAAUACAAGCACAAUCGACUAACCCGAGGGACGAAACAGACAUACCAUAUGCUAGAGUAGAAACUAGUAUGCCAUCCUGAACGUAGCCUAGUUUGCAGAGAUGCCUUGACGAAGGAAUGUCAUUUCCACAGCAAUUUCCAUUUUCGUUUUACUCCUGGAAGUGGUUUGGAUGAGAGACUAUAAACAUAUGAAAGCUUUCCCACCGCAUGAGCGGCACAGAUUACCGGUUUUAAUGACCCUGAUGUCAUUAAGUAAAUGAACAAUUAGAGAAAGACUGAAUUGUGUUUCUGGAGGGAAUCGGCAGACGUGCAGAAGGUUGCUCUGUCUGUGACUGCUUGUGCGAAUGUAUUUGUGUUUAUAGUUGUGUGCAAAAGUUUGGGCACCGUUCCCACAAUUCAUGUUCGGGUGAUUCAGUCUGGCAUUGGCAUCCCAACUGAGCAUGUGCGAAAUCAGCUUUGAAGAAAUGCAGCAAAUAAACAGCUCGAAAAUGAGCAGAAAUAUGGCAGAGAACGUCGAGUUCAGCCACAGACAUUUGCACACAACUGUAUAUUUUUACAUAUCUGUGUAUGAAUGAGUAUUUGUGUGUAUUCACUUCCAUUAGUCUGAAUGUGAAGUGUGUGUGUGUGUGUGUAUGAACAUGUACAUGGGUAAAUGUGCAGUUUGAUGAACUUUAUGUGUUUCCACAUGAGGAAUAUUCUUCUUUUAACUACAGGGAGAGUUUCUCUCCCUCUCAUCACAUGUUUUAUUUGCUGUCUCUGUAACUGCAAUGACCACUGAAUUAAUCAAAUAUACAAAUAAAUUAUUAGU